UCGUCACUCAUCAGAACCCAAAAUAUCAAACCAUAGCCCAUACGUUAGGGAUAAAUUUGCUUUGAAUCACCUCAGGGACGCACGAAAACAGCACAGAAGCUCGAAAACCCGGAAGCCAUGGGAGGAACAGCAAGAACCCUCUUGGCCCUCUCUCUAAGUUCGAACCUCUUCGCUCUCUCUCGACUCUCUCCUGCGCCCAAACGAUUCUCACUUCCCAAAACCGCUAGGGUUUUUGUAGGGUUUAGGCCUCUAUGCACUACUAUUACUCCCACCACCCCCACUACUAGCCUUGCGGAACCAGAGCAAAUGAAGCACUCAAUUCUUCUUGAGAGGCUGAGGCUCAGACACCUCAAAGAAUCUGCCAAACCCCCACAAACUAGAAAUCCAAAAUCAGCGAGUGCUGCUGGGAGUGAAAAUGAGGAUGGGUCCAAAAAGAAGAAGACUGGGAAGAGGGAGGUUGAGAGUUUUGAGGAGCUGGGUUUGAGUGAGGAGGCAAUGGGGGCUGUGAGGGAGUUGGGUAUUGAGGUUCCUACUGAGAUUCAGUCUAUUGGGAUCCCGGCCGUCUUUGAAGGGAAGAGUGUGGUUUUGGGUUCCCACACUGGGUCUGGCAAAACUCUGGCUUACAUGCUGCCCCUUGUUCAGUUGCUGAGACGGGAUGAGGCAUUGUUUGGUAUGCUAACGAGGCCUACGCCUCGAGCUGUUGUGCUAUGCCCCACAAGGGAGUUAUCUGAGCAGGUAUUUCGUGUUGCAAAGUCAAUUGGUCAUCAUGCACGGUUCCGUUGUACUAUGGUAAGCGGUGGUGGCCGCCUAAGACCCCAGGAGGAUUCAUUAAAUAACCCAAUUGAUAUGGUAGUUGGUACCCCUGGCAGGGUUCUCCAACAUAUUGAGGAGGGCAACAUAGUGUAUGGAGACAUCAAGUACUUGGUGUUGGAUGAGGCUGACACCAUGUUUGAUCGUGGCUUUGGACCUGAAAUUCGAAAGUUUCUUGGCCCAUUAAAAAAUCGUGCAUCAAAGGCUGACUCCGAAGGGUUCCAAACAAUUUUGGUCACUGCAACAAUGACAAAGGCAGUGCAAACGCUGAUUGAUGAGGAAUUUGAAGGCAUUGUACAUUUGCGCACAUCAACACUGCAUAAGAAAGUGGCAUCUGCUCGCCAUGAUUUCAUCAAGCUUUCAGGUUCUGAAAACAAGAUGGAAGCUUUAUUACAGGUUCUGGAGCCAAGUUUGGCAAAGGGAAACAGAGUGAUGGUAUUCUGUAACACAUUAAAUUCUAGCCGUGCUGUGGAUCACUUUCUGGGUGAAAAUCAGAUUUCCACAGUCAAUUAUCAUGGCGAGGUGCCUGCAGAGCAAAGGGUUGAAAACCUCAAUAGGUUUAAGAGUAAUGAAGGAGACUGUCCCACGUUGGUGUGCACAGACUUGGCUGCCAGGGGACUCGACUUGGACGUAGAUCAUGUUAUCAUGUUUGAUUUCCCCUUGAACUCUAUUGAUUACCUUCAUCGCACGGGAAGAACUGCUCGCAUGGGUGCAAAAGGGAAAGUAACAAGUUUGGUUGCUAAAAAGGAUCUCCUGUUGGCCACCCGAAUAGAGGAGGCCAUGAGGAAGAAUGAGAGCUUGGAGUCUCUUACCACAGAUCAUGUUCGAAGGGAUGUUGCCAGGGCCCGAAUAACUGGGAACAAGGUGAUGAAUGCUAAAUCACUUAAGGUUUCACAGCAGAAAAAUAAGGUUGUAGCGAAAGGUAAAAAGACAUCUGCUCCAGCAAAAUCUACCAAGCCAGCAGUUCAGGUCUCAAAAUCAAUAAAAUCAUCCACUGCUAGUACCUCGAGAAAACCAUCUUCAGGAGGGAAGAAGCAAACGGCCAGCAGAAGGUCAAGUUCUGUUCAAUCCACAACUACAAAGCUAAGUGUUGUUGGGUUUAGGGGGCGCAAUUCUUGGACUAAUAAGAAAGGAGCAACUGUGUCCCGUUGAACGAGGUUAAAUUUUGGGUUAACUUUGCAAUUUGGAUUUGUGACCAUUCUUGUAAGUUUUGCUCUUGAACUUUGUUUUGGUAUUAACAUCACCCUCACCAGGUUCUGAUAAUAUAUGUAUAAAUUUUGCUUUCA